CGCAUCCCCCCGGUAUCCGUGCCCCCGGUCCCCCCGCACCCCCCCGGCCGACGCGUGUGAGGAGGAGGGGGGGGUCCAGCUCCACGGAGUAGGAGGACGGACCGGCAUGGACCCCCAGGCGAAGGACCGCACCGGCCCCGCGGGCGGCUUCGGCGGGCGCGUGGCCUCCCUGGGAGCCGACGGGGGAGACUCGGAGUCCGGCGCCGGCUCGGAGGACGCGGGCUGCGGCAGCGACACGUUCAGCGGCAGCCUGCCCGACAUGGAGCCCGAGACGCUGGAGGAGAAGCUCCGUGGGCUGGCGUUCAGGAAGCAGACCUCGUACCGGAAGGCGAUCUCCCGCUCAGGCCUCCAGCACCUCGGCCCCUCGCAGCCCUCCCCGCCUCCGGCCUCCAACGGCCCCAACAAGGAGCUCCGCACCGGCGUGGACUGGACGGAGAACGCCGUGAACGGAGAUCACCUGUGGAUGGAGACGAGCUGCUCAGGAGAGCUGUGCUAUCUGGGAGAGGACACCUGCUUACUGAAGACCGCAAAGUCGGCCCCCAGGAAGAAAUGUGCAGCCUGUAAGAUCGUCGUUCACACCGGCUGCAUAGAGCAGCUAGAGAAGAUUAACUUCCGCUGCAAGCUGACGUUCAGAGAGGGAGGAUCCCGAUGCCUCAGAGAUCAGAACGCACUGAGACAUCACUGGGUUCACAGACGGAGGCAAGACGGCAAAUGUAGACAAUGUGGAAAGAGUUUUCAACAGAAGUUCUUCCACAGUAAAGAAAUCAUCGCCAUCAGUUGUUCUUGGUGUAAACUGGCCUUCCACAACAAGGUGACGUGUUUCAUGCUGCAUCAGAUCGAGGAGCCGUGUUCUCUGGGGGCCCACGCUGGAGUCAUAGUGCCCCCCUCCUGGAUCAUCAAAGUCAGGAAACCACAGAGCUCCCUGAAGAACUCGGCAAGGAGAAAAAAGCGGACGUCAUUUAAACGAAGGACAAGCAAGAAGGGACUGGACGAUUCUAAAUGGCGUCCGUUCAUGUUGAAGCCGCUUCCCUCUCCUCUCAUGAAGCCCAUCUUGGUUUUCGUCAAUCCGAAGAGCGGCGGCAACCAGGGUGCCAAGGUGUUGCAGAUGUUCAUGUGGAUCUUGAACCCUCGACAGGUGUUUGACCUGUCGCAGGGCGGCCUGCGGGAGGCGUUGGAGUUGUACCGGAAAGUGCCAAACCUGAGGAUCCUCGCCUGUGGAGGCGACGGGACGGUCGGGUGGAUCCUGUCCACGCUCGAUGAGCUGCAGAUGACCCCCCAGCCUCCGGUCGCUGUUCUUCCUCUGGGAACAGGAAAUGACCUCGCCAGGACGCUCAACUGGGGCGGGGGUUACACUGAUGAGCCCGUGUCCAAGGUUCUGUGUCAUGUGGAGGACGGUUCUGUUGUGCAGCUCGACAGGUGGAACCUGCUGGUGGAGAAGAGUGCUGCUCUGCCAGAGGAGGGAACGCAGAAGCUUCCUCUCAACGUGUUCAACAACUACUUCAGCCUGGGCUUCGACGCUCACGUCACCCUGGAGUUCCACGAGUCCAGAGAGGCCAAUCCGGAGAAGUUCAACAGUCGCUUCCGCAACAAGAUGUUCUAUGCAGGAGCUGCGUUCUCAGAUUUCCUCCAGAGAAGCUCAAGGGACUUGUCCAAGCACGUCAAAGUGGUGUGUGAUGGUACAGAUCUGACCGCCAAGAUCCAGGAGCUGAAGUUCCAGUGCAUCGUGUUUCUGAACAUUCCCAGGUACUGUGCUGGCACCAUGCCGUGGGGAAACACAGGCGACCACAGAGACUUCGAACCCCAGCGCCAUGAUGACGGCUGCAUCGAGGUGAUCGGCUUCACCGUGGCCUCACUGGCGGCGCUACAGGUCGGAGGUCACGGAGAGAGACUCCACCAGUGCAGAGAGGUUGUGUUAACGACCUUCAAGACCGUUCCAGUUCAGGUGGACGGUGAGCCAUGUCGUCUGGCCCCAACCACCCUCCGCAUCUCCCUCCGAAAUCAGGCCAACAUGGUCCAGAAGAGCAAGAGACGCACCUCAGUGCCCCUGCUGAACGAUAUUCAGAAGGUGUGUGCAGCUGAUCUGCGCCGCCUCUCUGCUCCCCCCGACUCCUUCUCUGUCCCUCAUGCAGUUCCAGAUCGUCUGCGUCUGCGAGUGAAUCGAAUCAGCCUCCAGGAGUACGACCGGCUGCAGUACGACAAAGAGCGCCUCAGAGACAUCUCCAUCCCCGUCGGCAUCGUGGUGGUACGAGGAGACUGUGACCUGGAGACGUGCCGACUCUACAUCGACAGACUACAAGAGGACUUACACCAGGCGCCAUCUACUGGCCACAGAGUGCACUACCAGGACGAGAGCAGAGGCGUCCCCAGGACCAGUUCGUCCAGUCGAUUGUCUCCCAACUGGAGCUUCUUGGAUUCAACAUCAGCUGAUCGCUUCUAUCGUAUCGACAAAGCUCAGGAGCACCUCCACUUUGUGACGGAGAUCUGUCAGGAUGAGGUUUUUAUCCUGGACCACGAGGGGCCUGUGGUGAGCCCGGGGGCGUCCACGGGGAUGCCUGAUCUGGUGGUGGAACCUUCAGCAGGCGCUCCACUGACACCUGAGGAUCAAGCUCUGUUUACUGCUGCCACCUCUGGAGACCUCUCUGUGCUGUCGGAGUGUGUGCGUCGAGGCAUCAGCUUGUUGGGCCGAGACUCCGGCGGCUGCUCGGCGCUGCACAUCGCGGCUCAGAACGGACACGCCGACCUGGUCAGCUUCAUCCUGCAGCAAGGCUCCAAAGUGCAGCUGGAGUUAACAGACAGAGAAAAAGGGGACACUGCCCUGCACAAAGCAGCCUCUGAGAAGCAGCAUGCAGUUUGUCGACUGCUGGUUGAGGCCGGGGCGUCGCUGGAGAAGACCAACUUUCUGGGGAAGACUCCAGCGGACCAAGCGGAGGGCGACUCGGAGCUCGCCUCCUACCUGAGCACCCAGCAACACAAAGCUUGUUCCACUCAUGAAGACUUGGAGACGGCGGUCUGAGGCGCACACAAACACAGACACACACACUCACACACUCACUCUGCCUCCGUGGACUCACACACUCGCAGUGGAGAGGAACGUGUGUGAGGAAAGUGUUUAGAUGAACGAGUCGGGCUCCACGUCGAGGAGAGGAACCGGUGGAGGAGCCGCCCCGCGCCGCUGUGGAGAUUUGAAUCAACUAUUUAUUUGUAUUUAUUUAUUCAUAUUGUAUUUAUUGGCUGUGCUGAUUGGUUGGUCGACUGAUUGAUUGUCGGACGGCUCAGGAUGCAAAGUGCACUUUGAGCGGCCGCGGCGGGUUCGUGAGUCACCGGGAGAUGAACCCGUGAAAAGAGGCCUCUCGUCUUCUAAGGGAUUUAUUUCAGUCGCAGAUCUUCAGAGGUCACGAGUUUGAUUCUGUGAGAAACGUCGUCAGUGGUGAAAGCGUCAGAAUAACAGAAGUCUCCUUUCAGAGCCGAUAGUGACGGUUUGUGUGUUUACCCAGAAAAUAACGUGUGCCAAAGACACUGCACUGAUGUCGCGUUCUACCGAGUCCACGGUUUCACCAACGCUCCCAGAAUCCAUCAGGCUGUCGUGUGUUCAUUCGGCCACCGGGGGGGGGGGGGGGCGACCACGGGACGUCCGAAACUCUCCGGUCCCUCAAUUAAACAAUGUGAAACCAGAACUAUCCAGAAAACGUCCUCGGGGUCGGAGUCUCUUUCUUCAAGAUAUGCAAAAGAUCUCCAUGCUUUUUAUCACAUUUUAUUUCUUCAGCUGCUUUUUCAAAUCCACCGUCAGAAAAUAUAAUUCAUAAACUAACAAGAACAACACAAACGGAAAAUGCUCAAAGUGUUUUCAGGAACUUUUUUAGGAACCAUCUGGGUGAACGUCACUGAUUUAUCAUUUAAAACAUCUAACGUUUAAAAGUGAGCAUCAGCCUGGACCAGAUGUGGACCAGUAGUGGACCAGAUGUGGACCAGUAGUGGACCAGUAUCAGGAUUAAAACCCAUACCCCUAUUAAAACAUGAUUUAUGAGCAGGUGCAGUUUAUUUUGAAGGAUCAACCAGAUUAUGUUUUUAAUAAGCAGUGAAUUUAAAGCUAAAUCAGUAACAGACAAAAACCUCUCAAGCUGCCGUCACACAAAUUACACAAUGGGCUUGUGUGUAUCUGGUACUCCUGAAGCUACAAAGCUUUGUGUGUCUGUCUGUGUGUGUGUGUGUGUGCGUGCGUGUGUGUUUGUGUGAGACAAUACGUCCCAUUUCAUAUCAAAUCAAAAAAGAGACGCAAGUGCACCAGAGAGAGACGCACUCUGCUCUGUGCAGCGUCUACACACCUACAGUCUGUGUGUGUGUGUGUGUGUCUGUGUGUGUCUGCAGCAUUUAUCCAAGAAGAAAAGAACAAUCUGAGCCAUAUUCGAUGCAAUAGGAUCGAUGACGUCUCUUUGUGUUUCUCUAUUAAUCGUUUACAUUACAUUAAUGUUUUUAACGUCCGUUUAGCACCGAGGACUCAUGAAUGUGCAAUUUAACUUCAGUGCUGGUUGAGUAUAUGAUUGUCUUGGUAUUUUUUUUUAUUUUGUAUUAUUAUACCUGUUAUGAUUUGUAUUCUGUGUGCACGUAUAUCACUGGAUUGAACUCAGCCCUGUGACGUCUCUUCACAUUUAACCUGUCGUGACUAAAUUCACAUUCUCAAGUGGAAACAAGUUUUUUCCGGGGAAGUAGAAAAUCUCCCGAGACGCUCGGCCAUCGUAGAAGUCUCGUUUUCAGCAGCUACACAAAUUCACAGAUUUAAUUUUUUGUUGGGUUUGUGUGUUUUUUAUUAACCGUUGAACACCAGACACGUCACAAUCCAGAUCUCUGGAAAACCCUCCUGGAUCUUGAGUUAGACAGUUUGGCUUAAAUCAGUAUUUCCAAGGUGUAAAAUGAAUCUUCUACAUUUUUUUUUAAGUAUUUAUACCAAACACUUUGUUACAUGACAAACCACAAACAGAGUUAAUCCCCUCGUGUGGCUGCAGGGGGCGCUGUGGCUCGGUAACCUUCACAUAGCGUUGCUUUAAGUCCUGGUCGGUUUGGUGUUAGCUCGUAGCGUAGCAUGACGUGUCAGUGUUAUUCUGGUCAUGGGCCGGUUCUUCUUCUUCUUCUUCUUCCACUUCGGCUAAAUCCACGUUUCAAUCUCAAAUAUUGUUUUUUUUUUUAUUCCUUUAUUUUAAUCGACUUUAAUCUUUGCUGAACUUCUACGAUGGCUGCCAGUGUCGAGAUGACAUCAUUCAACUGAACCACUAGUUGUUUUAAUAAAGUGACAGAAGUGAUGAGCUCGGCCCGUUCUGAACGACACACACACUCACACACACACACACACACACACACACACACACACACACACAGACACACACGCUUCGUAUCACUCUCUGUUCAGUAGAAACAGGACUUUGUAUUAAACUCCUCAGCGUUGCUCAUGCAUGGCAUUUUUUUUUCUUACAUCUUUGGGAUUAUUUUCUGGCAAUGGCAUAAAAAAAAAGGCAUUAUUGUUGUUCAAACUAUUAAAUUAUUAUAGUUUUAAAUGA